AUGGAUGAUCUUUCUUCAAUUCGACGAAGCACUUCAAGAACACCAGUUGUUCCUCUGGCCGGGGCAACAAUGUUGGAGAUUAAGGAAUUUAUUGAGAAAAAAUCAUUAAACAGCUUAACAGACAUGUUAGAAAAACAAAGAUCUCAAAGUAAGAAGAAAGAUCACGAGAUGAAGAGGAGAAGCCUGAAGAAGGGAAAGAAGCAGCACUCGGAAGAGGAGUUUGACCCCAGCCAGUGGAGGCAGAGCGUCUUCUCCCUGCAGCUGGCCAUCAUGCCUCUGCUUGCUGGACAGCAAACUGUCAAGAGCCGGGGCAGUGACAAGUCGGCCAACAUUUUGGAUUGCCUUUUGACUUUCAAAACCGAAGUGCCUAUCAUGACCGAGGAGCAGAAGCUGGAAUUAAACCCCCUGAUCAUAAGGAUCGACUCUGUUUCCUGCCUGCCGUCACAACCUGUGCCUAUUCAGGAACUACAGAGGCUGUGCACCCCCGUCUACUGCAGGUACCGCUUCCACAAGACCCCGGUGCACAGGACCGAGGAGCGGCCCCACGGGACCCACGUUUACUUCGAGGACAUCAAUGUCAUCUGCCUGGGAGCCAUCCACCCCAGCGACCUGCGGGAGUACCUGGAGGGUCCCCCCAUGGUGGUGGAAGUCCACGAUCGGGACCGUAAGUCGGACGAGUCCUCCCGCAGGCCCACCCUGUUUGGGGAGGACCCCCUGGAUUCCCACGGGAACAUCCAGUCCUUCAUCUCCUCCAAGGAGACGGAGGACAACCCCUUUGAGUCUCAGAACAAGACCUGGGACCCUCACGGAGUCGCCCGGGUCAGUUUCGCGGACCUCCUCCUUGGCCACAAGUACCUGAACCUGGUGGUCCCCAUCCAGCGCUGUGAGCCCAAGGCCACCCUCGGCCUCCAGGGCAGCCGAUGCAGGAGGGUCUCGAGGUUCCAGAUCCCAGCCACCGAGGUCCUCCAGCACAACCCGAUGCCCGCUGGAAACUACUUGGAGGCCAACUCAUUGCUCAAACUGCGAGUGGACGUGGCGGUGCCUCUGACCACCUGGGCCAAAGCCCAGGGCGUGGACUUCCUGGGCAGCCACUUUGGCCGCAUCGUGUUCGUGUUCAGUGCCCAAGACCUGUUCCUGCUUCACAGUCUGCUGAAGGACAUCACCCUGAUCAACGCCAAGGCCCUGGAGCUGGACUCCUAUCCCACCGGGACCGUCCAGCAGAUCCUCUCGGCCUUCAAGAUGCGGGUCAACAUCCAGCAUCAGGAGCAUCUGGACGUCCUGACGGGCUUCCACCUGCUGGAUGGGAACCUCCACCUCUUUGUUCUGGAAGGCUUGGCCGACGGGGGCCUGCGGCAGCUGUGGGAGAGCCACCAGAGCCGAAUCCCCAUGUUGGAGCUCAGGAAAUACAAAGUGCUCUACAACUCGCAGCUGCUGUUCCGCCACCGCCUCUACGCAGACCUGGAGACCGUCCUGUACCACGUGCACCUCUUCAGGCCCCUGUCGCUGCUCAUGCGACAUCCGGGGCUCUACCUGCGCGACGCCAUACCGCAUAAGGCCUUCCAGGCACUGGCCAGAAUCUACAACAUCUGCUACCACAGUACCAAGCUCAGGGAGGUGAUCGUCAGAGACUUGCUACCUUCGUCCGCCAUGAUCAAAGACUUGAGCCAAGAGUUUGGGCUCCCCAUCUCUCAAGAGGACCUCAUGGAUCAGAAGCUACCUACCAUCUCCCCUCAGCCUGUCCCCAAUCUUGAAGGAUCCCAAAGUCAGGUCUCCACCCUCAAUUCCAAGAUCCUUGCCCACCAGGAGAAGUACCUGCAAUGGCGGAACAACAUGCUCCUGACGACGAGAGAGAAGCACUACCUGAUCCAGAAAAACAUCAUGAAGGCCUUCCAGGCCACCAAGAGGCCUCCUGUCCCCAAGGCCAAGAUGAUGCGAAUCUCAACUGCCCUGGACAAGGGUGUCCACAACUACAGUGUCAUGACCUUCAACUCCGCUGUGCUUGCCAAGAAGGAACUGUGCCAAGAGAUGGCCAAGGAGCCAGGGAGGAGGUUCACGUACUCACAGAACUACCUGUCCGCCAUUGUGGAGCCUCAGGACUCGCAGGAAGAGAAGAAGAAAGCCCGGGAGAAAUCCCGCCAGGCCUGGCUCACAGUCACUGGGUUCCAAGUGACAGGUCUCCAUGGUGACAUCCUCCAUCAGGAUUUCCCACUGCCAGCCAUCGGAGAGUUCCAUGAGGAGUGGCAGGAACACCAGGUGCUCGAUCGCCUGCUGUACCCCAUGUUGGAUCGGGGCCGGUGGAGCUGGGACCGGCGCCACCUGGACUUUGAGCUGUACAAGAAGCCACCGCCUUUCCUGGAGGUGCCCCCUCCUCCAACCCGGAAGCCCGUUGCAGAUAACUGGGGAGACCGUGCCCAGCUGCAUGUCCCCAACCACCAGCACAAUGGCGACACGGUGACGGCGAUUCUCUUCCCUGUCUCUGCUCAGGAGCUGCGGUGUGGCCUCCUGCAGUUCUCCACCUUCUGA